UUAAGAAUCUUAAAAAAAAAUCAAAACCUUUAGGAUUCGGAGAGCUGAUGGCAGCUUCCCAGAAACAUGGUGUUUUAUAUCAGCUGGAAAAACUGGAGGCUCAGAAUCUCAGAUCAGCCAGGCAACAAGAAGGGCACCAUGGACAGCAGGAGACAGAAGCUGUCUUGAAAGCAAAGAUCCUGAAGAUGAGGAAACUUCGGGAUGAACUGAGGACUAAAGUGAAACUCCAGGAAGCCAGUGCCAGAAUACCCAUCACUAAUCUAGAACCCUACGAACCCUUGAAUAACAGUGAGGAAAAUCUGGAAAUGAAGUUGAAAAAGGCUAAAGCUUUCUUUCAGGCAUUCCAUUUAACAGGGCUUAGUGGCAAAUUGACCAAGCAAGGGGUCUGUGUCUGCUUCAGCACUGCUUUUGAGGGAAACAUCUUGGAUUCCUAUUAUAUGGAUCUUAUCAUCCAGGAACCACUUAAGAUACAGCGCCAUUCCAUUCCAGUUUUCAUCCCCCUGGAACAGAUAGCUGCAAAGUACUUGCAGACUGAUUUUCAACACUUCAUAUUUAGUCUCAGUGAACACCUAAAUGCCUAUUCUGGAAGAAAAUACCAGGCCGAUCAACUUCAGUGCAGCUUUCCAGCUUUCCUAGCCAGACCCUUGCAGAGAAAUUCCCUGUGCACUUUGCUGUCAUUCACAUACGCCAUGGACUCCAGUGGAAAGGCUUUCCCUUUUUGUGCCAGGCUUGUGUACGAGGACCUCACCAGAACUCUCCCCACUAAUGUCACAGUUACAUACCAAGGGACUGGAGCAACACCUGCCUCAUGGGAGAAGCAACGAGCAGCCCAUGAGACUUUAUUCUAUAAAAAUGCCCUUCCCACGGUGUUUGAGUCUUUUGAGAAGAGAGAGCUUUGAUUGUACAUCCACUGAACCCUGAAGUAGCUCAGCGUGUUCCUUGGAAGAGAAGCAGGAGCGCAGUAUUCCCCACAACCCUUUGGGACUGACAGGCCUUUCUCCAGCCCAGAUUUUCCUAUGCCUGUGACUGGGCAUGCUCACUUUUUCAUGUGGCUAAUAGGGGAUGGCUCUAUGAGCUAAAGAUACUGACCUUCAAGGCUGAGCUGCGGUGCCUGGCCAGUGCUCGGACAGUUACCAUCCUCCCACAUAGACUGGUCUGCUGAAUGCUUUUGGGGCCUGAUGAUGUUUGCUUUAUGUCAGCAAAUAAAACAAGACACUGAGGACCGUUCUGGUGGGGACAGAGGAGAUGGCAAAAUUUCAUUCAAUGAAGGACUGUUCCAGUAACCCUUGGGAGCUUUGAUUGGCAGUAGUGCAUUUUCUUAUGAAGAUGAAUAAAAUGGCUUUUGAAAAUGAAA